AUGUCGUCUAAUUCCGGAUUACUCGAGGGUCAGGUCGGAUUGAUCACUGGAGCUGGAACUCCCUAUGGGAUCGGGAGAGAAUGUGUCAAGAAGUUUGCCUCGGCGGGAGCCAGAGCCAUCUACGCGUGCGACUUGAACCUCAGUGCCGUCGAGUCCCUACGGGAAGAAUGCAAAAAGGCCGGAUACACGUCAAUGAUCCAGGGAAAACAGCUCGACGUGUCGAGCGAGGAGCAGACCGUGGCUGUCGUCAAGGACAUCACCAAGACUCACGGUCGCUUUGAUUUCUACAUUGCGAAUGCUGGCUUUGCCAACUACCGGAGCCUUAACGACACCGAGAUGACUCACUACGAUCGUCAAGUCAAUGUCAUGACCCGUGGAGCUUUUCUCGGUAUCAAAUAUGGCAGUCAAGCUAUGAUGCUGACAUCCAAGGAAAAGCCUCGGCCAGGAGGUGUCUUUGUCGUCACCGGUUCGUGUGCUGGGUUUCUCGGCUCAUAUAGCGAUUUACCAUACGCCAUCGCCAAAACUGCCUUGCACGGUCUGGUCAGCGCUGCUUCGGUUCAAUUGUCAUCGAGUAACAUUCGUGUAAAUGGGGUGGCUCCGGGCUUCACCAAGAGUGGCAUCUUGACCAAUUCUCAAAAGGCCGAGCAAGGUGAAUACCAGAGCGGAGAGGACGAGGAGCAACUGAAGCAGAAUCACAUGUGGUUUUUUGACCGAGCAGGGCUGUUGAAGAAGCCCGAGUACUAUUACAACCGACUUCAAGAUCCAGAUGAGAUUGCCAAUGUGCAAUUGUUCUUGGCUUCAGGACUGUCUUCAUCCAUCAACGGUCAGAUGAUUCUAUGCGACAGUGGCAAGACUGCGGCCGCGACUGGGGAAGCAUGUACUGGACCUGUGGACCCAGUCCGUCCAUUGGACUUGUCGUCUACCCCUUCGGACAAGCUCAAACAGGGUCAUCUCGGAUCAAAAAGACAUUUGCGUCACGGUCAAAUUGCCAUCAUCAUGACUGGUUAUUUGCGUCUAGCCAUCGCUGCAGUCCUCGUUCUCGGGGUAUGGAGGUUGCUAAGAAUCGGUCGACGAGACCGUAGACUUCCGCCAGGACCACCGACUGUACCGAUCCUGGGAAAUGCUCAUCAAAUCCCACUGACAGGUUUGGGCAAGAAGUUCCACGAAUGGGCUCAAGAAUAUGGCAAAAUAUACUCGCUCAAAGUCUUCAACUCGACCAUGAUCGUUUUGGCAGAUCGCAAGGCCAUCUACUCGCUUCUCGACCAGAAAGGCAGCAUCUACUCGGAAAGACCAUACCUCGCCGUACCGACAUUCAUGAGUCGAGGAUGCCACAUGACCUUUGAGCAAGCCACCCCUGGCUGGAGAGAAAAACGCUCCGUCAUUACCAGAAACCUCAAUCCUCAGAAUCUCGACAAGAAGCAUUUCAAAGUUCAAGAGGCAGAGUCAAUUUUGUUCAUGCACAACCUCGUCCAACAUCCGAACCAGGCGUUCGACUACGCUCGUCUCUACGCCUCAUCCGUGGCGGCCAUCCUGGCUUGGGGAUUCCGGGCCAAAGAUUUCGACUCGUUCUUUUACAAGGACUUUUAUUCGUUCGUUGAUCAGUGGCUUGACGCUAUAGAGCCUGGUGCAAACCCCCCGGUCGAACAGCUGCCCUUUCUGUGGUACCUUCCUGGAAAGUGGAAAAAGAGGGCGAUUCACGUCAGGGGGCUGAUGGACUCGACGUGGUCCAGGGCGCGGCAGAUGGUAGAGGAUCGGCGUCAAAGAGGAGACAUUCGUGACUCGAUGAUCGAUGUCAAGCUGGCGCAGUACGAGAAGGACGGAUGGCCCAUGUCGCAGUACGCGUUCAACAACUUGUUUGGUGAAUUACUCGAGGCUGGAGCAGACACUACCGCAAACAUGCUUUUGACAAUCAUCCUGGCCGUGACCAAGUUUCCCGAGGUUCAAAUCAAGGCAAGAAAAGAACUGGAUGCGGUUUGUGGGACCGAGCGAACACCACUGUUUUCCGACUUUGACAAAUUACCCUAUAUCAACUGCAUCAUCAAAGAGGCCCUCAGAUGGCGCCCAACAUCUGAUCUUGGAAUUCCGCAUCGACUGGCCAAAGACGACUGGUACGAGGGCAUGUUUUUCCCCAAAGACAGCACGGUCUGGCUCGCCGCUUGGGCCAUUCACCAGAGUGACGACGAGUUUCCUGACCAUGACCGUUUCAAUCCGGAUCGAUUCAAAAACCACACAAAGUUGGCAAGUGACUACGCCGUGGGCCCUGACUGGCAAGGACGAGAUAAUUUACACCACUACGGAUAUGGAGCAGGUCGCCGCAUGUGUCCGGGCAUUCACCUGGCUGAACGAAGUAUGUGGCGUGUCACGGCCAAAUUACUCUGGGCUUUCGAGUUCGAAGAGAUCCCCGAGAAGCCACUCGACGUCAACGCCUACACCUCGUCGAAUCUGGUGCGGCCUUUGGAGUUUGAAGUGUCGGUCAAGCCUCGGAGUGAAGUCCACGGCGAGUGUUUCGCCGAUGACGUUCGGACUCAACAGAGAGUGACUGCCGUGACGUUUUCCCCGGACCGGACCAUCUUCGGUGUCCAGCAUCACUGGCUCCACAAGUCCACUAUUGACCCCAAGUUUCUUCAGAGAAGUAGUCCAAAGGCCCUUUUGGUUCUCGUUCAAAGGUCUGUAUCACGGGAAAUCAUGUCAGUACAGGGCAAAGUAGCGAUUGUCACGGGCGCGGGUCUUGGCCUAGGUCGACUGUACGCCCUCGCCCUGGCGGCCAGGGGAGCCAAAGUGCUGGUGAACGACUACGGCGGCGACCUUCAAGGACAAGCCGGAGCCAUCACUCGAGCACAAGCCGUGGUGGACGAGAUCACGGCUGCCGGCGGCGUCGCCGUCGCGCACAACGGCGACGUGUCCAAAGACGCCAAAGACAUUGUCCAGACGGCCGUCAAGGAAUUCGGCGGGGUGCACAUCCUGAUCAACAACGCGGGCAUCACGGGCAAAAUGAGCUCGCACGACGACGUCGACGCGGCCGCGUUCAUGCGCGUCCUGGAGAUUUCAGUCCUCGGCACGACCAUGGUCACCAGCGCGGCGUAUUCGGUCAUGGCGAAACAGCGAUACGGCAGGAUCGUGAACGUGUCGUCGAAUGCGAUCUACGGCUUCGGCGCAGGGGGGGACUGCGCGUACGGCGCGUCCAAGGGUGCCGUCUUUGCAAUCACGCGGGAACUGGGCAGGUGGUCGGAGAGAGACGGGAUCAAGAUCAACUGUGUCAUGCCGUCGGCGGCGUCUCGCAUGGGAGAUUUGUCCGAAGGCACCAAGAAGAUCACUCGCACAUACUUUCCUCCCGAGGGUGUCGUCCCGUUCGUCAUCGCUCUCUGCUCAGAUGAGUGCCCAUCAUCCGGCGAGGUCUUCUCCGCCAGCGCCAACCGGGCCGCACGCGAGACGCUGGCGACUUUUCCUGGCAAAAUCUCCGAAACCCCCGAGGGUUUCCUCGCGGACUGGGACAAGGUCUGCGGCAAGGACGAGACUCCCUUCUUGGCCAGCAGCACCCUGGAUCAAGUCAAGUACAUCAUUCGAUUGGCGCAUGGGAAGGAGAUGGAGGAUAUUCCAGAGUUUGGAAUUGCCGGGAAGUGA